AUGGUGACUUUGUCUCGCAGCAACGCCACCGAGUUAACUGCGAUGUUGGAGCACUUGACGUUGGAGCAGGAGGAGCCGACUCCGACAUUGGUAGAACGUGUAAUCAUGGGACAACCGAGUGAUCCCUUGCUUACGCGAUAUCGAGACUGUAUUGAGGAGUAUGGCCCUAAAGGCUAUCACAUUGACGAAAAGGGAGCAUUGCGGUUGGGAAACCAGUUGUGUGUACCAGGCGACCAAGCGGUGAGACAGGAGAUCAUACCCGAGGCACAUCAGACGAGGCUAACGAUACAUUUGGGGGCAAGUAAGAUGUAUCAGGAGCUUUGUCGAUGGUAUACGUGGCUGAGGAUUAAGAUAGACGUCGUCGGUUUUGUCGGAAGAUGUCUCACUUGCCAGCAGGUGAAGGCAUAA